GUCAGUCUGUCCUUGUUGAGCGCGGGCGACACAUUGGUUAACAACAGCCUGUGGAAGAAGAAAUUAUGACUGAACCGUUUUUGCAAGGAUAAGACCUGUUUUUCAGUAGAAAACCCUAGAAUUGACACCGAAAGGUGGAUUGGAGAGGCAAACAACCUUUAAACACCGAACUCUAAAGCGUCCUGAGAAAUUGAUUGUGUAGGAGCUUCGCCUUGAACGCCGCCGAAGGCUCUAUCAUCAAUCUCUCCAGGCGUUUGGCACCAAUAAAUCUGGCAGCUAUAGGACAGUUACACGAAACAAACGGCUUGGGUUACUUAGACAACAUUUUCUGAGCGGCGAGAACCUAUAUCACUGUAGCAUAUGGAUAUGGCGUGGACGGAUAGGGGCUGUGAAAAUUGAUGGGACUUGGUCCAAAAGUGCAACUGUUUGAUUGCGCCGGUUGGAACUGGGGCAGUGAAUGUUCCCAUUAAGCUACGCAUGGACUUGUCAACAGAAAGACGAUCAACCAACGCAUCCUUUUGUUGUGGUAGAAAAAUUGUUCCACAUUGUAGCUUAUUGCAACAAUAAAAAAACAACCAUCAUUUAUGAGAAUUCAGGCGUGGUAUUUAAACUGGAUCCCAGUUCGUCUAAUUAGGGGAUCCUAUCGACUACGGAUUUGAUUCAUCGCUUUCAAAGACAACCCACUGCUCCCCUGAAAGGGACAAGAUGCCGUUCCACCAUGUGACGGCAGGGCUGCUGUACAAGGGGAACUAUCUGAGUCACUCUCUGUCUGAGGACAACGACUGUGACCAGCUGGCCAGCAUCUCUGAGGAGGAGCUAAACGAGAUCCGGGAGGCAUUCAGGGUGUUGGACCGGGAUGGGAACGGGUUCAUCUCCAAGCAGGAGCUGGGCAUGGCCAUGAGGUCUCUGGGAUACAUGCCCAGUGAGGUGGAGCUGGCCAUCAUCAUGCAGAGACUAGACAUGGAUGGAGACGGGCAGGUAGACUUCGAUGAGUUCAUGACGAUCCUGGGACCCAAGCUCCUGUCUUCUGAAACCAGGGAGGGCUUCCUGGGGAGCACAAUAGACAGUAUAUUCUGGCAGUUUGACAUGCAGCGCAUCACCCUUGAGGAGCUGAAACACAUCCUGUUCCACGCCUUCAGAGACCAUCUGACCAUGAAGGACAUCGAGAACAUCAUCAUCAACGAGGAGGAGAGCCUCAACGAGAACUCGGGACACUGUCAGGCAGACUUUGAAGGAAUCCAUUCUAAAAAUAAGAACCGGCAGACAUGUGUGAGGAAGAGUCUGAUUUGCGCCUUUGCCAUGGCCUUCAUCAUCAGCGUCAUGCUCAUCGCGGCCAAUCAGAUGCUGCGGAACGGCCUGGAGUAGCCACACCCAGCCACACCCACUGUGAGCGGGAAAAACUAACCUGCAUGUGCAUGAUGAAAGUGGGUGAGGUCAUUUCCUGUUUCUUUAGAAAGAAAAAAAAACGACUUCAAAAAUACCUCACUUGAUGGUGACAAAAAAAAACAGAAAACACUGAAUGAUAAACCAUCAGAUUUUUCUGAGUGGAUGACAGUCUGACGUCCACCGACACUCAGAAGCCAGCAUGAGGAGUCCAGCGAGACCCCUCAUAACCCCAUUACUCUGGCAGGGACAUUCAAGGGCUGACUUUCGCUUACUCUGCUGUCUCUGUUCCCUAAUGCAAUAAAGACACAAGUACAGGAGUUCAGUACUCUUCCUCUCUUCCCUACCCAGAGUCUUCAUAUGAAGGUACCUUGGAAUUCAAUUUGAAUUUCUUGCCUCAGAAGGCCGAAUCAUGGUGGAUUGAGACAUGCCCUCAGUGUAUUUGUAUAAGGCAGCAUCCUUGUGGAUUGAGACAUACCCUCAAUUGGAUCUGUGUGAGAGAGAAUGGAGCUGUGCCUCCUGCAGUGCAGAGAGCCUGAUUAGUUACAGGGCACACCGCUGCAGUCUGGCUACGCACAUACACUCUUACGCACACAUCUACGCAUGUACUUCCACACACACACAAUAAUUGGCCUGUUAUUCUAGUUUCCUGAGGGCGGGUGGAAGCCAGCUCACCGCUGGAGCAUACAGUAAAGCUCUGGAUGCGACAGGCAUGAUGGUGCCGUCUGCUGUAAGGCUGUUGUUUAAGCUCUUCUAGAAGCUUUCAUCCAGAGUUCCGGAGUGAAAUCAGUGGGUAUUUCUGUGCCCAAAUUCCUCACUGUUCCUCAGUGUUUGAAAGACCAUAGCUGUGAAAAGUCUGGGCUGUACUGUACCUAUGAUCUAAUUCCUCUUGAGGUAGGUAUGCCUGAACUCCUGUAUUGUAUUGACUCUCAUGGUAAUAUAUAAACCACCUACAGUUUUGCUGAAGAAUGCUUGUAAUAGCUACAGUACUGCAUGUGAUCAAGUCUACGUCGAUAUGUAAAUAUGUAUGUAACCCAUGUUGUUGUUGUUGUCUAUGUGUAUAGGGUGACGGUGUUCUACUCUGUAUGUGCAUGAUUGUUGGUACACUCUACUCCCGAUUUAGAGGUGGAGGGAAGGAGAGAGCACUGUGAAACCAGAGGCUGCUGCCUUCCAAAUCACAAUACACAGACAGACAGACAGACAGACAGACAGACAGACAGACAGACAGACAGACAGACAGACAGACAGACAGACAGACAGACGGAAAGCUCUCUAUGUUCCCCUCACCCUCUGGCCAAAGCCAUAGAACUCAAUAGAGAUGUACUGACUGAAGAACACUAAAUGGUUGUUGUUGUUUUCCGUUACAAAUGUGUAUUUUCAGUAGGAACAGUCCAUCCUUUGUGCAUGUUGUUGGGUUCCUUCACCCACCCUUUUUUUUUUUUUUUACAAUCAUUUCCACCUAUCCCCAUGAGCAGAACGGAGAGUAGAAUCACAGACUGGUGUAAGAGCCCCAUCUAGAGGUUGGCUCAAAAAUUGGGAUAAUUUUUGUAACACAGUGUGCUCCCCUAGCUCUGGUCCAAAUGCAGCCUGUAAACAUUGGUAAAAACAGUGUGCAGUUGAGGUUGGAAGGCCAAAAGGGCUUAUAUGAAAACCACACCACAAAUAUAAGUACAAAAAUAUAAGUUUGUUCAAUCAGUUAAACAAAGCAUAUUAAUUAUGAUUGUACAUGAUCAACUCAGUAUACAAGAAAAUCGAUGUUUGAUUGUGUGUGUGUGUGUGUGUGUGUGUGUGUGUGUGUGUGUGUGUGUGUGUGUGUGUGUGUGUGUGUGUGUGUGUGUGUGUGUGUGUGUGUGUGUGUGUGUGUGUGUGUGUGUGUGUGUGUGUGUGUGUGUGUGAGAGAAAGAGAGUGAGGCUACUUAGAGGGGAUUAUUGGAUAGUUUGGUUCAUCAGGCUGACCCCCAGUCUUCGCUUGAAGUUGAUGAGGUUUUGGCAAUGUGAAGAUAAGAAUUCCACAGUAUAGUACCUCUGUAUCUGAUAGAGAAUUUACUAUGUGGGGAGGGUGGAAUAUUAUUAUUGUAGUGGCUUGUGUUAAAUAGAUGGAUUUCAGAAUUACCUGGAAGAAUCCAUUGAAGGGUUUAGGUAAACUUUCUGGGAGGUAUGAGUAUUUGAAGAUGAAAGUGCAUAAUUGGCGUACAUUAAUGUUGUAAAUAAACAAGAUAUUGAGUUUCUUAAACAAAGGUGCAGAUCGAGUCAGAUAAUUAGAGGAUGUGGCUAGUCUUGCAAAAUCUAUUUGUAUGAUGAGUCAUGUGUGUAGGUAGGAGACAUCAGGUGCAUUCGGAAAGUAUUCAGACCCUUUGACUUUUUUCACAUUUUGUUACGUUACAGACUUAUUCUAAAAUUGAUUAAAUUGUUUCGUUUUUUCCUCAUCAAUAUACACACGACCCCAUAAUGACAAAGCAAAAACAUGUAUUUUUUAUUUUUGCAAAUGUAUUAAAAACAUUUACAUAAGUAUUCAGACCCUUUACUUAGUACUUUGUUGAAGCACCUUCAGCAGCGAUUACAGCCUCGAGUCUUCUUGGGUUUGACGCUAAAAUCUUGGCACACCUGUAUUUGGAGAGUUUCUCCCAUUCUUCUCUGCAGACCCUCUCUGUCAGGUUGGAUGGGGAGCGUCGCUGCACAUCUAUUUUCAGGUCUCUCCAGAAAUGUUCGAUCGGGUUCAAGUCCGGGCUCUUGCUGGGCCACUCAAGGACAUUCAAUGACUCGUCCCCAAGCCACUCCUUCGUUGUCUUGGCUGUGUUCUUAGGGUCAUUGUCCUGUUGGAAGGUGAACCUUCACCCCAGUCUGAGGUCCUGAGCACACUGGAGCAGGUUUUCUUCAAGGAUCUCUCUGCGCAUUGCUCGAUUCAUCUUUCCCUUGAUCCUGACUUGUCUCCCAGUCCCUGCCGCUGAAAAACAUCCCCACAGCAUGAUGCUGCCACCACCAUGCUUCACUGUAGGGAUGGUACCAGGUUACCCCCUGACGUGACACUUGGCAUUCAGGCCAAAUAGUUCAAUUCUGAUUACAUCAGACCAGAGAAAUGUUGUUUCUCAUUGUCUGAGAGUCCUUUAGGUGCCUUUUGGCAAACUCUAAGCUGAAACUCUGGAGCUCUGUCAGAGAGACCAUCAGGUUCUUGGUCACCUUCCUGACCAAUGCCCUUCUCCCCUGAUUGCUCCUUUUGGCCGAGCGGCCAGCUCUAGGAAGAGUCUAGGUGGUUCCAAACUUCUUCCAUUUAAGAAUGAUGGAGGCCACUGUGUUCUUGGGACCAUUAAUGCUACAGAAAUGUUGUGACACUGUUACAGGAAUUAAAUUCCUCUUUUAAUAACCAAUUAAAAUGAAUCACUCUGUCAAUUCAUAAGAGGUUGUAAGACCCUUAUUGGUAUAAAAUGGACAGAGACAAGCCUUUUAAAUCAACCAGCUGCAUUUAUUCUCAUGAGUAUUGCCCAUUACACAUUUUACCACAGGUUAUAAACUGAAAAUGACGUCAUUAGUUUCAGUACUUGCCAUGUCAUCUCCGCUGUAGUACAAUGGCUGUAUGGUUCACACAUGUCUCUCCCUAUUUAAGAUAAUAUAUGACCGAGCCAAGGUCAUGCUUGUGUAGAUAAGCCUUCUAGCCAGACUGGCUAUAAGUUCAUUCAUUUCUACCAUGGCACAGACAGUCAUUGUUCUAAUUCUUGAUUAUAUUUACACACAUUAUAUUCAGUACUAGGAUUAAAAAGAAAAUUCAUACAUAUACAGUAACAUAAUAGUAUUCUGAUUAGUACAUAUACAGUAACAUAAUAGUAUUCUGAUUAGUACAUAUACAGUAACAUAAUAGUAUUCUGAUGAAUACAAAUCAUCUCCAAUCAGUUGAAUUUACCACAGGUGGAAUUCAAUCAAGUUGUAGAAACAUCUCAAGGAUGAUCAAUGGAAACCGGAUGCACCUGAGCACAGUUUCGAGUCUCAUAGCAAAGGGUCUGAAUACUUAUGAAAGUAAGGUAUUUCUGUUAUUUGUUUUUUUUUGUACAAAAAAAAUUCAACAUGUUGUCGCUUUGUCAUUAUGGGGUAUUGUGUGCAGACUGAUGAGGAAAAGGCUGUGAUGUACCAAAAUGUGGAAAAGGUCAAGGGGUCUGAAAACUUUCCAAAUGCACUGUAUGUACUGGCCCAGAAAAUGGGAUAUGGUUGAAUUAAGCUAUACUGUACACGAAAGGUAUGUGGAAAUGUCAGGUGAAUAAUCAAUGCCUUGUAUUGAGAUGUAUGAUCAUCAAAACAUGAAAUGUUGAAAAAUAAUAUUAUGAUUCUUCCCUAUUCUAUCUGUAUAGAAGGUUUUAUGAAAUGAUGAAUGUUCUACCAAAAUGAUUGUUGGUUCGAUUAACUGCACUGUUUGUGGGACAUAGAUAGGAGUCUUUUAUUGGAAUUCUGUAUGGCAGAAAAUGUCCUUUUCACCUUGAAGAGGUUUGCGUUAAAGUAUGAUCAAAUGAACGUCCCCAUUAAUUGUAUCAUCAUGUUUGGACGGAUGGCUCCUCUGUGAAGUUUCCAAGUUUGUUUUAUGAUGUCAAAGUAAAAGCACUGAUUUAUGUGCAAUAUCAUCUUGCAAAUACAUUAGGCUACACUGGAUUUAAUAUUGUUGAAACCACCAAUUUAAGCUUACUGGGUGCAAAUUCUCACCUCAUUCAUUAUAUAAUGUAUUCUGUCAAACUGGAGUUUGUUCCUUAUUUAGCUGUUUUGAGCUGUCACCCUUGUCUGCUUCAUUAAUUGCACCCUAAUACACAUGUUGUGCACUAAUAUUGACCAGGGUCCAUGGGGCUCUAGUCAAAGUAGUGCACUAUAGAGGGAAUAGUGUGUCAUUUGGGAUACUACCCUGUCCUAACCCCACAAUACACUGUAAUACCAGGGUAUAGUCUGAACCUUGUGUUGAUGAAUAAAUAAAUACAUGUUAUAGCCCACAUAAAAGGCUCUGGCCUGGGUAUACUAUACUGUUACAGGGGGUGGAGCUGUACCUGCCAUCACAGAAUCAGUGCAUGUCUUGAUCAUUAAAACUGAUGGUGAAUGAGACUGGAAAACUAACAGUCUCACUUUAGUAGCAUGGUGUUUGAAUUGCACACGUAUGUGCUGUAUGGACACUACAUAAAAUACAUAGAUAUACACAGUGCUUAAUUUGAGCCGGAUCCUGCCGGAACACCUCUCCAUUUUGGACUGUUUUUUCCCGGAAACUAUUUGGCCGGAUCUGGUACCUAGUGUGGCAUGAAAAUGUACAAGAAGUACACUGUAAAAAUUAUAAUGAAAGUUCAUUCGAGUUGCUUCUUCGUUAAUUCUCCUACCCUCACAAAAAAACUUAAUGUGAAAAAGUAGAUUUUCACGCUUUGCCUAAUAUUCUAAGUGUUGAUUUGGGUUUAUGGUUUGAGCAACAUUGUAACCUUUGUUUGACCCCAACGCCAGGCGGUGGCUGUGUGAGAAGCGCGCCAUCAUCUCUCACUUAACUGGAAUGAGAUUAACUUUGUAUGAUCUCUCUCCCUCUCAGUUCUGAUAGACCUGAGCCUGGAACUCUCAUCUCUCCGUUGCACAUCAUCGUGUAUUUCCUUAUAGAAUCAUAGCCGCGCGAAGGGUUCUGAAGGAACUGCAGCAGCCUACAGUCGGGAACGCGCGCCAAUAUGUCAGUGAAAAAAACAGUACGCAGACCAAACAGGCCUUUCGUAAUAUGUCAAAUACAAUCGAGGUAAAACACAGGUUGAGGAGCAAAUGGCUCCAGCAGAAAAGAUGAGACUCUAUGCUGUAGGUUACAAACAUAUUUUAUACAUUUCCAAAUAAUGUUCUACAAAAGAGAGCGAAAGGGAGAGGCUUUUGGCACGCGCUGCGCAUCAUUGGGUGAGUCAGUGAAACUUGAAAUCAUUUUUAGGACUAUAAUUUCUUCCUCAUACUGUAGCCUACAAUAUGUACCUACACACCUAGGCCUAGGCUAUUGAUGGAUUCAAGACAAUGUCGUUUUUAUUGAUCUCAGUUUGUCAGUGUCAGUAGCCUGCCAUUUUGAUAAUUUGGCGGUAUUAAAACAUAUUCUGCCAAAGUCUCCAGUCAUGGACCCUAAAAAUACUCCCCAUGUGUGCAACUUCUGUAAGUGCCUCUACUCUACUGCUCUAUGCUACUACGCAAAUGCGAUGAUAUGCAUGCAAUGCGUUAUUAUAAAGGUGAUUUCUUUACUCAUGCGUUCCGGUACCUCAGAACUCCCCAGGUCACCCCCUCUCACGCUCACUUUUUGUUCCGGCACCUCCCGAUUUACAAAUUAAGCACUGGAAUACAGUACAUACAUAUACACAUGUAAACUGUGCAUGCACACCAUUAAAACAUGUAAGGGCAGUUUCCCGGACACACAUUAAGCCUUGUGCUGAACUAAAUAGCAAGAUCAAUGGAAAAUCUCAAUUGAAAGUGCUUUUUAGUCCAGAUUUAAGUUGUAUUAUUAAUAAUAGCCUGAAUAUUGUAUCUGUAAAUACUGAAAUCGGUACAAAAGUAAAUGGAAAGCAUUUAUGCAAUAAAACAUCUCUCUUUUUUUGUAAA